AUGGUGAGCACUUACGACAAACUUGUAAGUACAUGGGUUGAAUGCUGCUUCUGCAUGAAAUGGCGUUAUUUACCCGAUGUCCAUGAUCCAAGUGAAAUUUGCUCCAACUGGCAUUGUGCAUUGCAGUUGACUCAUCCGAAUAAGUCGGUCGUGGAUGUGGAUCAAACAGACUCGGUUGAAGUCGCAUGUACUGUGCCUCAGGGGCCGACUCCGGAUGCCAUAAAGGACGAGUUUAUCUACACACAAUUCUCUGUGGGCUCGGUUGUGUGGGCCAAAAUUCAAGGUUAUCCGGCUUGGCCAGCAAUGAUCUAUUACAAUCAACACGGUCAGUAUGCGGAGUACGAUCAAGUCAGUCGGGAGGUGACACAUUAUCAUGUGGUGUUUCUCGAUCCGACUCGAUCGACCGUCAGUCGUGUGAAUGUGAACCGAGUGCGCAAGUUUCACUCAGUUGAAGAAUUGAAACACAAACGAGGUGUAGGUUGGACUUUUCUCGUAUUGACCAGGUGA